AGUGAGUUUCCUCAACACCCCCUGUCACAGGCCCUCCAUCAAGCAUGUAUCAGCAGUCUGAAUAGGGUUUCAGGCGUGUCACGUUGUCUCAACGCACCCACGGUUUCACAGUCUCUACACGUGAAUAUUCAAACAGCUCUGAACAUGGUCUUCUUCAGGAUCCGGGGAACUCAGAAUCAAGAGGAGCACAAUUACAAUGAGGCAGCAGGUGUGGGGGAGAUCUGACGAAGCGUGUGGGCCUGUAGCGUGACACAGAGCUGGAGAUGAGGACCAUUCUUCCAGUGUGUGGAGGUGGUGAUGGAGGGGAGACCCGCGGCCUCCGCGCCAAGGUGGGCAGGAUGAAGAAGCUGCUGUGGCCCAGGCCGAGUCACAGCAUGGGCGUCCACAUGGACACGCAGCCUGGAGUGUGGCUGACGAGCUUCCAGUUGCUGGACACUGAUGGACAGUAUGAGGACCCGGUGCAGGAGUGGGGGGAGGAGGAGGAAGAUGGGGCUGUGUUUGGCAUCACGCUGCGCAGGGAGCCCGUCCUGCCGGCCUCACACACAACAGAGCCUCCUGCAGCCUUCAGCUUUGUCCAGUACCACACAGUGAAGGUGCGCAGGCUGAAGGCCGCCACCCUGGAGCGUCUGGUCACCCACCUGAUGGACCCUGAGCACCAGGAGCCCAACUUUGUGCGUAUCUUCCUCUCCACCUACAGGGCCUUCACCUCCACCAGCACCCUCAUCGAGCUGCUGUUUCAGAGAGAUGACUCAUUGGCCAGCCUGGAUAACACAGUCUGCCCACGCAGUACCUUACCCCCGGUGAUCCGGCUGUGGCUGGAGGAGUACAGUGAAGACUUCCAUGAGCCCCCUCAGUAUCAGUCCAUCCGGCUGCUGUGCGUCCACUUGAGACAUCGCCCCUGCUUCAGACGCUUGGCCCAGUCUGCUGAGACCCUCCUCAAGAGGCUCCAGGAACAAGAUUGCACCAAGUCUGCGUCAGAGCACAGCAGUCAGUCGUUGCAGCAGGACCGUGGAGAUCAGGAAGACAGAGGAGAGAUGUCCACCAAGGAGAAAGACAAAUGCAAAUUUAUGGACUUCCCCGUGAGAGAGGUGGCAGAGCAGCUGACCAGAUUGGACGCUGAUCUAUUUGUCAGAGUGGUGCCCUUCCACUGCCUGGGCUGCGUCUGGUCCCAGCGCGACAAGAAGGAAAACCGAAACCUGGCACCCAGCGUCCGCGCCACCAUCUCCCAGUUCAACGCCAUCACCAACCGUGUCAUCACCUCACUCCUCUGCCCGUCCUCUCCCAGCCCUUCUACCUCCUCUCCCAUAUCAUCACCCAGCUCCUCCUCUGCCUUCCUGUUCCCCUCCACUGCCCCGAGCUCACCUCGCAGCGCACACACCAGCCCCACCCACAGAGCGCGCGUCAUCGAGAGGUGGAUCGCUGUCGCUCAGGAGUGCAGACAGCUGAAGAAUUUCUCCUCUCUGAGGGCCAUCCUUUCAGCGCUGCAGUCCAACGCGGUGUAUCGCCUGAAGAAGACCUGGACUGCUGUCAGCAGGGAAAGCAUGGCCACCUUUGACCACUUGUGUGAGACCUUCCCUGAUGAGAACUGUGUGCUGAUCAGCAGAGAGAUCCUGGAGGAGGAUGGAAGUCACUCAGAUGGUUCCAAAUCGCCCCGGCUCUGCUCAGCGGCCAAGCAGAUGAGCUUCAGCAGUGGUGUGGUGCCGUACCUCGGCACCUACCUGACGGUGCUCACCAUGCUGGAUACGGCACUGACUGACACUGUGGAGGGUGGACUCAUUAACUUUGAGAAGCGCAGGCGGGAGUUUGAGAUUCUCUCUCAGAUUCGGCAGCUUCAGGCUUCCUGUUCCCACUACAGCCUUCCAGUGAACCCUCGCAUCACUGCCUGGCUGCAGGCACAUACGCUGCUCACAGACCAGGAGAGCUAUGAGCUGUCUCGUGACCUGGAGCCUCCAGUUGACCCCUGUCCCUGCUCUCCCAACUCAUGGAGCAGUCGCCUGCUCACUAAGAAACUCGCCUCGCUGCGAACAGCCAGCGACAGCUCCCUGAGGAAGACGCACGCUGACCAGAUCAGUGUGUCCUCUUCUGGCUCCAGCAGUUCGGACAUGGAGGAGCUCUCCGCCCCCCAGCCUUCCCCCCUCAGGCUCAAACUCAAGUCUCUCUCAGGUUCUCUUCACAAUGUUGCAGGGGAUUUCUCCUCCGUGUCCAUGUCCUCCCCCUCUUCCAGUCUUUCCAGCUCCUCCUGCAGCUCGUCACAGCCGGACCUCAGCUCUUCUUCUCUUGUUCUGAACCCUGAGUCGUCACUGUUGUCCGGCUGCUCUCCUCAGGCUGCGCUGCCUGUCUACAACAAACAGGUAGCUGACUCGUGUAUCAUCAGGGUCAGUGUGGAGAGUGUCAGCAAUGGGAACGUCUACAAGAGCAUACUGCUGACCAGUCAGGACCACACGCCCCAGGUGAUUCAGAGGGCUAUUGAAAAACACAACAUGGAGGAUGUCAGCUGUCAUGAUUUCAGCCUCUGCCAAAUGCUCAACAAUGGGAAAGAGCUCCAGAUCCCCGACAAAGCCAACGUAUUUUAUGCCAUGAACACCUCCGCCAACUAUGACUUUGUGCUGCAUCAGCGCUGGAGGAGCCACAUGAAACAUCUCAGCUCCUCUUUCAGCCCUGGGGCUCAACCCAAGAGCCGCCAUGCCAAGUGAAAGGCUGAAGAAGUUUGUUCUGCCUGAAUGUUAGGAGUACGUCUGGAAGACAAAGGAGCUGUCUGUCUGCAACAACAGGCCGGCAACGCAUCUGUGGCCAUUUGUGUUGAGAUUUUCACUGUACAGCAGAUAUGAGCCACUACACCACACAGUCUCCUGAGAAACCUCUAUUGGUUCUAGUGAAAAAUAACUAUAAGGAGCCAUCGUUGAGACGCAGGGAGCAGAGGGAAAUGUCCAAGUGUGCUGAGGAGCAACAUCAAGAAGAAAGAGAGAAACAAAGCAGGACUUUGAGAAAGAAAUUUAAAUUUUGUAUUCUCGUUUUGUUCUCCACCAUACAUCAACACCUUUUGCAUAAAUGAAACACUAUUUACCUGGGACAUUUUUUCCUGAGACACACACACUUGUGUCAUUGUGGACAAAUGCACAUUAUAUUGUGGGUUAUUGCACAUCAUAAACUGAACAGCACUUCAGGUUUCACUGCAGCUAAGUACAAACAUCGGGAGGAGCUUCCCUGAGAAGACAGUCAUGAAUCGACACAUCAUAUUGUCCUGUUGGAGAGGAUGUGGCUGCAGAAACAGUCAGAGACGUGGGACGUUUUCUUCAGCCUGUGUGGUUGAAUGACUAACCGACUCUUUUAAUUACACCAAUCAGAGCAGGGCUAAGUGACUAAGUCGGGAUGCUCCCUGUUGCCUGAUGAGUAAGCAUUCCCGAACAGAUCCGGGUAAGAUGUGAAAUCAGUCUGAUUUCAGCCGUGCUUAGCGCACUGAAGAACGGUGAGAGUGUUUGAAACACUCUUUGGACCCCUCUGAGAGUCGUUAAAAGUAUUUGGUCGCCUUCUAGUUGAGUAUUUAAAUGUUUUAAUGUAACUUGAUGUAAUUUUAUCAACUUAAUUUAUUCAAUGCAUUCCAGUAUUCAGCUUUUAGGGCAAAAUGUUUUUCUUUGUUGUUUGUCUGUUUGUUUUGGAUGCUCUCUUUAGUGUGCAAUACUCCACUGUUUUUAGACAUGAAUGUAGUUGCUGUGGCAUCUAAUAAGCAAAAAUUGGUGGCUUUUAACUGUGCUCUUAUUAAAUGAAGGAGAGGAGUAUGUAAGCAUGAUGUGCAUAUGUGGCAAUGUUUACACAGUGGUCUAGUUUGGCCUGAGUCCAUGUGCGAGGGUUUCAGGAGGAGUUGGAUAACUCAGCUAGAGGUGUCUCUGUUGUAUUUUCCUCCCUGAUGACAAAGGCUGUGAUUCAAGCGAGGCUGUUAAUCAUUACAGUCUGUAACACAGGCUAACUUAAAGAACAGCAGGGCCUCUACACUGAGUGGUAUACAGUUCACGUCGCACAUGUGACUCUGCCAAUGAGAUGAAUCUGAAGAAUGGUUCAUGUAUGUGAAAAUGAAGUGUCCCAGUAUGUGAAUGUGACUCGACACAUAAGAUCAUCUCAGUGAUGUGAAAUCCCUCACAAAACAUUAAGGUAGAUUUCUGCAAAUAUUAAAAGUGAAACCUGGUCUUUUUUUCAGUCAGUGGAUGAUGUGCACAGUGUGGUUCACAUGCCUGUUUAACAUGAACAAAAAACACACUGAUGUUGCCCUUCAGGUUUGUGCAGGAUUUCGCAUCACUGGGUGCAGCUUUAAUGCUGCUGUGGUUUGUCAGAAGUCAGGUUGGUAUGAAAAGUCUGGCAGCUGUAAUAUGUAAUAUGAAGGAGUCUUCAGCAUAACUUCUGCUGUGUAUCUGUUUGUCUCCGUUUGUUAGCCUUUAUGUUCAGUAGGCUUUCGUUCUCAUUCACUCCACCGCAUGUUUGAAAUGUAAGUGUUAACAAGUCAACAUUACUGUAUGCGAGUUGUAAUUCAAGUCCAUUUGUCUUUAUUCUAAUAUUGUAUUUCAACAGAUUCUUUAUUUUUUAAGCAUAAUCUAAGCACUUGCUGUUCAUAAUUAGUAUUAAAUAUCCAAUAAUAAAGCCAAUUUGCUAUUUAUCAUAAAGCCUCAAUUGUAA